AUGGAUGAGACAGACACACUCGAAUCAGAUGUCGACGAUGAACUCAUUGUUCAUGUUCCAUUUACGGGCAGUGUGCGGCUUCGCGCAUUACUGAUACGAAGUGGACCUGGACAUGCGACGCCGCGGUCCGUGCAUUUGUACAAGAAUCUUCCGUCGCUGGACUUUGAGGAUGCUGCGAGUGAGAUGCCCAAGCCACUUCAGAAGCUCACGUCUAUUCCUGAAUCGUCGGAGGUCGUUGAGAUUCCCCUUCUCGCUGCUAGGUUCCCAGAUGUCCAGACGCUCACACUAUAUAUUCCCGGAUGCCUCGGCACGGAGCGUGGUCGACCUGACUCGCAUACACGCAUUUCCUUUCUUGGUUUCCGUGGAGAGUCGCGCGUGCAGCAGCGCAGCGGCCCAGCCACGAUCGUGUAUGAAGCUGCGCCACGCGCCACAGAUCACACACGCGUCGAUGGUACAGCCGCCGGCGCACGGCCGUCCCAGUAA